AACUGAUCAAACUCUCAUUAGCACCUGAAAGAUAUCAACUUCGAGCUCCUGGACACAGAGCCGUAAGGAGUUGCGGUCUCAUCACUAGCCAUAUAAUGGCCUUCCAAAAAAGUCUUUGCUCACUGGUGUUUCUCCUGCUGAUUGCUAACCCUCAGUUUUCGAGAGCGCAACACUGGUCACAUGGUUGGUAUCCAGGGGGCAAAAGGGAACUGGAUGUGCCUCAGUCUCCAUUGGUUUCAGAAGAACUCAAGUUAUGCGAAGGAGUGAACUGUGUGUUCCUGCGAAGUGCUCAAAAAGACUUCAUGAGGAAUUUUCUGACUGAUAUGUUGAUGCGACAGAUUCAGAAGAAGAAAUGAAGUCUACUUUCCUUACAAAUUGUGUCUAAAUGUGUAAAUUGUAAGCCAAACUGAUAAUGAAAAAAAACAUCUAAAAAUAUGAUUUUAAAAUCUGCAAAGAAUUUUGUGUCAAAUAUGUACGCGGCAGUG